AUGACACCCCAGCCCCCAAAAGGCCGUUUAAUCUCACAAUUCGAGAAUAGACCCACGCCCUCCCACGGCGAAGCAUGGUCCGAUCUAUGGAACUCGGGGGAAAGCGACCUCUGGGAUAGAGGUAUUCCGUCUCCGGCUUUGAUUGAUUUGGUGGAGGCAUAUAAAGAGACGCUGUUUUAUCCGUUCCACGCUGCUGCUACUAGCAGUCAGCGGAAAGGUGGGGAGGAGGUAGGAAGGAGGAGGAAGAACGUGCUUGUGCCAGGCUGCGGCCGGGGCUACGACGUGAUCACCCUGGCUCUCCACGGAUUCGACGCAUACGGCCUUGAGAUCUCGGAAACCGCAGUCUCAGAGGCGGGAGAGUUUGCGGAGAAAGAACUUACAUCUCCGCAGGAGUGUAAUUUCGGGAAAGCAUGGAAAGAAAAUCCCGGUGUUUUCCAGCCGGGAAAGGGAAAGGCGCAGUUCGUAGAAGGAGACUUCUUUGACGCGGCUUGGCUUGAGGGGCUGGAUGUUGAGCAGUUCGAUAUUAUAUAUGAUUAUACUUUUCUAUGUGCCCUGCAUCCGAGUCAGCGGGGACGGUGGGCGGAGCGGAUGGCAGUGCUCUUGAAACCCGAUGGACUGUUAAUUUGUUUGGAGUUUCCCAUGUAUAAGGACCCUGGGCUUCCUGGGCCUCCGUGGGGUGUGAACGGGGUGCAUUGGGAGAUUCUGGCUGGAGGGGAUGAGGGAGUUGGGAAAUUUACAAGGCGGCUGUAUGUGCAGCCAGAAAGGACGUAUGAGGUUGGGAAGGGGUCGGAUAUGAUUAGUGUUUAUGAGAGAAAAUGA